GCGUGGCGUCACGGCGGGGGGGCGUGGCCACGGCCAGGCCCCGCCCGGGAGGGGCCGGGCCGGUCCCGGUGGCGGCGGGCGGCGGCGGGGGCCAUGGCCAAGGCCUACGACCACCUCUUCAAGCUGCUGCUGAUCGGGGACAGCGGCGUGGGCAAGACUUGCCUCGUCAUCCGCUUCGCCGAGGACAACUUCAGCAGCACCUACAUCUCCACCAUCGGGAUCGACUUCAAGAUCCGCACUGUGGAUAUCGAUGGGAAGAAGAUCAAGCUGCAGGUCUGGGACACGGCAGGACAGGAGCGCUUCAAAACCAUCACCACGGCCUACUACCGCGGAGCCGUGGGCAUCGUCCUGGUGUACGACAUUACAGACGAGAAAUCCUUCGAGAACAUCCAGAACUGGAUGAAAAGUAUCAAGGAGAACGCCUCGGCCGGGGUCGAGCGGCUCCUCCUGGGCAACAAGUGCGACAUGGAGGGGAGGCGGAAAGUGCAGCGGGAUGCGGCCGAGAAGCUGGCGAAGGAACACGGGAUUCGCUUCUUCGAGACCAGCGCCAAGUCCAGCGAGAACGUGGAGGAGGCCUUCCGCACGCUGGCUCGGGACAUCCUGCACAAAUCCUUCCGGAAAGCCCCCCCCGGCAGCAGCAGCAGGGCCCUGCUGGAGCCCGCCCCCCCCCGAAAGGCCGGAGGGAGAUGCUCUCUGGGAUAAGGGCUCGGGAUCUCCCCGAGACCCCCCGGGGCAGCGCAGGCGCCUCUCCGGAGGGAUCUGGGGGGGGAAUUUGGGGGGGAUUUGGGGCUGCCCCCCCCUCUCUCCUUGUGCCAUAAAGCCCCGCUGUGCCUUGUCCCGGCUCCGGAGUCUCUUUGAGAGGGGUUUGGAGGGGACGGAACGGGGUCGGGACCGGGAUCGGAGUUGGGAUCGGUAUCGGGAUUAGGAUCGGGAUUGGUUUCGGGACCGGGAUCAGAAUCAGGAUCGGGAUU